UCCAUGAUGGUAAAAGCGUUGUUUUUGAAGUUCUUAGUUCGGGAGUUUGGAAUUGUUUCUGGAGUGGUUGUGUAUUUGUCGUUUGUUCAAAAUUAAACCAAUAUAAGGCAAACCAAUUUUUAAGUAGACCUUGAUAAAAUGAUUUUUUAUGUAUUGUGAAGCAGAGUACGUUUUUAAUAUUUAUCCAAGAGUUGCCUAACAUAAAAUGAUGGAAGAAAAAAUACAAUCAUUUUUUAACAAUUUUCUACAAGGCAGAGAGCUUUUGCAACACAAGGGUAUUCGUUUCGAAGCAUUGGAUGAAUAUGAAAGAUCUUCAAAAGUACUUCCAAAAACUGGAAAAAAGUUAUUUGAGCCUAUUGGUUUAUGGUUGCAACAGAAACAGGUUGAAAAAGGUCUUCAACUCAGAAGGGAUUUCUUGGAUAUGAAAAGAAUCGAACGAAAAUCUCAUUUAGCUGUCGCUGAAUGGUUGCCACAUGAAAAAAAAGUUCGAGUACUGAAAAAGUCCGGGCAAGAAUGGGCGAACUUUGGUUUGGAAGUGAACGGUGUAUUACACUUAAUUCCAGAAGAAGCAUUACUAUUGUUGGAAAUGAAUUGUAUAGAACUCUUAUGGGAUGAAGUUGCAAUUACCUUAGAACAGGCUUACAAUAUUCUACUUGAUGCUGAUAUAUCCGAGUGUUCACUGGAGGAAUACAAAGUUUACAGUCAAUUUUUAAGACGUGGUUAUCGUGUUCAGCGCUGUUUUAGUCUUAAGUUGCUGCCGAAAAAAAGAGCAAGUAUACGAGAAUCGAUAAAUCCACACAAAAAAAUUAUUAUUUCGGCACUAACUGGCCUUAGAAAUUGUAAUAUUAUCUCUCGAUACAGGGAAAAUAUUGCAAUUGUAGGAAAAAAUAAAUGUUCUAAUAGACUCUCCAAUGCUCCCAAGAAAAGAAAUUUAGAAGAGUACAAUAUUGAGGAUGAGGAUAAUAAUGAUAAUGGUAUAGAUGGUGAUAGCGUUAAGACAGUAAUAGAAACUAUUAUUUCUAAUUUGGAAUCAAAAGAACAAAAAAAAACACCUGACAACCAAGAAAGUCACAAACUAAUAAAAAUUAAUGAGCCUUAUAAAUCUGAACUAUCUGAAAAAAAUACAAGUAUCCCUACGGAAAACUUAGGAAAACAAACAGUAAGAAAGAGAAACUGCAACUCUAAAGCAGAAAUAAUUUCCGAGGAAAGUGUGUCACAGUGCGUAAAAAUACUCAAGGAUAUCAGCAGGGAUAAUAGUAAUACAGAAAAGAGUGCUUCUAAACGGCUAUGUACGCGAAUUAAACGUAAUGUUAAAUUACUGCCUAAGAGGGCCAAUCAGAUACCAGUGUCGACAAUUAUUCCAGAAUCUUCACAGAUUGAUGUAAAUGAGAAUACGAAUGAGAUGAAAAGAAUGAGAAAUGCUUUAUUUUAUAGAUCAGAUGGCUCAGCGUCUAAAAAACAAUGCCAAGAGAUAAUUGAACUAUCCGACGAUGAAGUGGAAGAAGUACGAACACCAUUGACACAAGUGAGAAUUUUUAAGCAAUUACCAAAUAUAGCUUCUCAAGCUUUAAAAAUAAUGCAAAGAACUUUAAAAGUCUAUAUACCUCACAAUAUAGAAAUGCGACGUGAUGUUUACCAUUACGAGCAAGUAAAUCGGCUAUAUUUACAAAGAGGAGAUAACUCUAAUAGACUUUCUUCAAAGAGCACUCAGAAUAGUCAGCACUCUACCCUGCUAUGCACAAAUCCUAAUCAACUUUCCGAUCUCUCUGAUAAUUGUUCUUACGAACGAAAAGCACAAAUGCAUAUAUUGCAGAAAUAUAAUCGUAGAAUAACACUGCAGAGCAAUUUGUUCUCUGAUUUUCAAUAUUGUCAGUGGAAUAUCCACAAUGAAAAUAGUUUCUUGCAGCAAAACUCGUAUCUUGAAUUUCAACAUACACGUAAUCGUACGUGGCUGCAAAGCAGAAAAUUUCAAGCCCAUAAUUACAACAAUGUGCUUUUAGGAUUAAUGGGAAAUGUAAUGAAAUCAUACAUAGUUCGAAAUCAGUUUCCACUUAAUGUACAAUCCAUUCCCCCUUUUAUUACAUGGCAAAAUUCUGGUGUCGAAAGAGGACAUGAUUUUAAUUUAAAACAAUCCUUUAAUAUAUCAGUUCCGGAUGAAUCUCUCAGUAGCAAUAACAAUUUUAGUAGUGGCAAUAAUGUUCCGAGUUAUGCUAAAGAUCAAGAGCCUUCAACGUGGUUGGAAUUGAGAAAAAAGUGGCAAGAAGAAUGCACCAUUACUAUCAAUGACGAAGAUCUCCUAGAAGCAGAAGCUGAAAAACAUAAUGAAAUUGAGAUAGUCAAACAACAGAUAAAACCUUUGAUCAUUAUUAAACGAAAUACACGUUUAUCUGAGAUUUCUGAUAAACUUAAAUUAAUAAAAAAGUCUACAAAAAAAUCACAACGUCAAAAACAAUGGGACUAUAGUGCAUCAUAUAACGUUUAUUCAGGUGGUUCACAUUACAAGAAAGCAAACCCAGGAUCUCCAUUGUGUCGUCUACUAAUAAUAAGAAAAUACGAGGAUCACUUAAACCCAUUAGAAGUACGGCGAUUACCACUUAGUGAAACAGAUGCACCAUUUGUAAUUGCUUAUGUCUCUAAAACAUCAAUCUCUUACAUCCAACUCGGAACUAUAUCAAUACCUGACUUAAAUUAAAGUGACGCUACUAUGAUUUUAUUUUAUUUUAAUGAUGAAGAGGCUUUUUCCAGGAAAGCUAAGUAGAAAUAUGGGAUACACCUCAAAUUUACAUUAUAAAGUUGAAAUUUAGUAUUUAGAUACACCGGGGGGGGGGGGCAAAAGUCUUCGCACACCUCUUUUUUGAUGACUGAUUAAGUUCUAUUAAUUUUAAUUUUGCUAGAGCUAACAAACUUUCUCUUUAAAGGGUUGAUUGUUUUCGAAAUUUUGUAUAACAUGAUCCCAACGUGAAGCCUAUUCGUCUAUUCUUAAGUAGAUAUUGCAAAAAUAGUGUGAAUUUCAAUGUUUUCUUAUAAUUUCCAUAAAUUUUGAAAUAAUCAACAAUUUUUCAUGUUCUUAGGGUAAUUUUGAAGCUAUUUUUUAAUCGUUUCAUGACAAUUUAGGAGUAUAAAUCUUAACAAAAAUGUAUGACAUUGCAAGACCUUUAAGUUGUAUAAAAAAAGUUGGAAAAAUUUGGAAACAUUUUAUCUGUGGGCAAAUCAGAAUACAAAUUAAAUAAAUGUAUAUUUUAAAGAACUUUCAUUUCAUGAUUAUACGUUUCAUAUAUUCUACAAAAAUAUUCUUUGUUACCACAAAGAAUAUUGCAAUGCGAUGAGAAAUUUUUUUAAUUUAUACUCAUCAGCUGUUGUCAUACGGUGAAAAAUAGCUUCAGAAUGAGCCUGGCAUAAUGAUACUUAAGAGAACUUAAUCAUUAAAAAAAAGGUGUGCAAGACUUUUGCCCCCCCCCCCCCCCGUAUGCUGACAAUGACUUCGGGGAACACAAUGACACUAAAGCACGGGACUCAACUUCAUUUUCUUUUAAUAUCGUACAAAAUCAUUUGCCACCAGAAGUAUAUUUGUAGUUGUAAAUUUACAAAAUAUAAAUAAAAUGAAGUGUACAAGCAACAUUUUUAAUUCAAUGGUGAAUAUGAGAAGGUUGUAAGGCUUGAUUCUUGAGUUCUACUCCCAAUUUGUUUCUUGCCUUAUAUCUAUUGUAAUGUUCACUAAUGAAAUUCCCUUCAAAAAUUCUAUCAUAUUAAUUUGUUUUCAAAGAAAAACUACCUUUUCGAAUUAGUUUUUUUCUCAUCAAGGCAUUUUUUAGGAAAAUUCUUAUAAUAAAUAAGAAUCGACACAAAGACAAAUUUAACCGACACGCGUCAUCCUUCGUAACAGUUAAAAGAUCAAUAUUUCCAAAGUUUCAAUAUAAUGCAUUUGGAGCAAAAUACUAUAAUUACAACGAUUCUUUUGCAACUGUCAUAAUUAAUGGUAUUUGGCAGUGCAUUCAUAAAUGCAUAUAUCGAACUUAACCUCACUCGUUUAUAAUACACAGACUUAUCUGAAAGCGACCGCAUCGCAUUUCUCGCCGCGUCACAUCACCCACUUCUCCCCUCAAUUCUCGUUUCAAAAUAUAAAUGGUAAAUACAAAAUAUGAUAUUCCUAAGAAAAAGGCUUUUCGAGACAAAAAUUAUGAAGAUUAAAAAAAACUAGUUUUCCUAAAAAACAAGUGUUACACAAAAUUUCAUGUCUCCGAUGUGGAUUUUCGACAGCCUUCUUUCUGAGGCUGGCUAAAUAUUGAUCGAUUGGAGAAAUGAAUGAAGGGGUAAUAAACUGACAUUAGGGGAAUUAUGAAUAAGAACAACACAGAAUAAAGUCUUAUAAGGCCUUGUUAGAAAGUGGAUUGGUAUCCGAUUGGAAAUUCUGAGUAAUAAAAGCUUUAAGACAAUAA